ACAAACAGGCGAACUCUGAAAUCCCCUUCAUGCACCGUUUAUGCAUCUUGCAAACUUCGUGUUGUCGUCCUUAGCUGCAACUAAAAUUGUAGUUUUACAUUUUGUAUUUUUACUGGACUCAGUUAAUCAGCCAAUAUAUUCCCCAACAAGGAUUGCUGGUGAUCAGCCGUCAAAAUGAUGCGUUACUGGGGGGAGAUCCCAGCCGUUUCGGCACCCCCGGGUCGAAGCUCCUUCGACUUGCUGCAGCGAGAGUUUCGUCAGGUCGAGAUGCAGGACCCGCCUCUUCACCAGCCCUCUGCACCGCGCCCUCGUCCCACUACUAUGCUUGAUGUGCCUUCGGAACCGUGUAGCCUUACCAUUCACACAGUUCAGCUCUGCCAGCACGUCCGCCGUCUUCGCAGUCUCGUUGCGGCUGCCCAACAGCCACUUGCAUCCUCUACUACGGAUGUUCAGAACACUUUCAAGACUGAGGAGGGGGAGCCAUUACCUCCAAGGCCUCCCACACCAACCAUGCCAGACGACCUGCUACCCCCAGACAAUAAAGUCCCAAGCCUACCUUUCCAGCUUAGGCAUAGCAACCCAGAAAGCGACUUCUACAAGGGGAAAGGGGAGCCAGUGACGGAACUGAGUUGGCCCUCUUGUCGGCAGCUUCUGUACCAGUCUGUUGCUACAGUUCUUGCUCAUGCUGGCUUUGAAUUGGCCCAGGAGAGUGUACUGGAGACCCUUACAGACCUGGUGCAUGAGCACUACCUGCGUCUGAGCUGUCUGCUUCGUGUUGCUGUUGACCGGGAGGCCCAGCUAGGUGCUACCCCAUUCCCUGAUGUGGUGGAGCAAGUGUUCCAUGAGGUGGGCAUUGGCAGUGUGCUGGCACUGCAGCGCUUCUGGCAGGGCCGCAUCAAGGACUACCACAACUACAUGCUUCAGGUCAGCAGAGAGCUUUCAGAAGAGUACGAGAGGGUUGUAAAUCCAGAGAAGGCUCUAGAAGACUCCAAGCCCAUGCGGGUCAAAGACGAGCCUAUGACUGACAUUCCUUUCCCUGUCAGUGAGGAGCCAGAGGCUGACUUGGCCUCAGGUGACCAGGCCCUGCCCAUUGGUGUGCUGGGGACCUCUAGUGAGAGGAUGGCAGGGGGGCUUGAUUCAGAGAACUCUCCUCAUGUUUCAGGUACGGCAGUCAGCAGCUCCCCCUUGUGGCACCUUCCUCAAGUCAAGAUGGAGCCACAAGAUGGAGAGGAGGGCCAGGUGUCGGGGCCUUUGGGGACUGAUGUCUUUGAGGAAGGCCCUAUGUCCACCAUGAGUGAAGCUGGUGUAGCCCAAUCCCCUGGAGGAGCCUCAGAUGGCAGUUAUGGUUCCAACUCACCAGACUCACUGAUGGGCAGUUCACCUGUUUUUAACCAGAGAUGUAAAAAGCGCAUGAGGAAGAUGUGAUGAAAGCCUAAUGGAGCAUCUAGGACAUUAUGUUUUUUUUUUACAGUUAGUCUUAUGACGUACGCUUCCGUACUCUGAUUUAAAAUGCAACUCCUCAUUUUUGAUGUAAAUAAGUGGGUCUGUCUACUGCAGUAUGGAAAGUAUGCUUAAUAAUAAUUGCCUGGGGUCUGUUUGAAAACACAAAGGCACCUCAAUCAAGGCACAAUGGUAAAUGAAUUACAGCUAAUUAAUUGCAUGCUAUAUCAGCAACACUUUACUUGUGCUGAAGUCUUUGGUUACAGCAGUGAAAUGACAAUGUCUUUCCCAGGACAAACAAAUAAGAGUUAAUGUAAAAGUGUAAAUAAUAAUGCCUACUAAUGAUGUGUGUUUGUGUGUAUUAGUACUGUAAAUAAAAAAGUAAAAAUAAAAAACAAAUUUAUAAUA